UUUUCUCACUUCUACCCUUCCGGUUAUCUCCCCCAUCCCACUGGGGGAAAGUGAGCACGUGGCUGUGUGGUGCUGUUAAGCCAUGGGGUUAAACUACGACAGUCUUUUUUGGUGCCAAUGUGGGGCUCAAAGGGUUUGAGGGCUUAUCAUCUCACCCUGCUGUGCCUGGGAGCAUUUUGAUAACAGCAAUGAUGAUGUGUCUGGGCUGGCCGAUGGCCAAGACAUCAGUGCUGUUCCUGUGCUGCUGUGCUGGACAGGCUGGAGAUCCAGCGUCAACCUGAGUUGAAGGGACUUGACCUGUGGAUAAGUCCAUGUGGGAGCAGAAGCAUCUGUGGCCACAGGUAAGUCCACAGCAGGUAUACCCCUGAAGGGACUGUGGGCCCAGGGAUAAGGCUGUGCUGCAGGAGGUACACCUCGAUGCGACUAUGGCUGUGUGUAAGUCCAGACCACAUCAGGUACACCCCUGAAGGAACUGUGGACCAUGAGUAAGUCCAUGCUGGCACAGAUCCACCCCUAAGGGACUGGAGUCUGUGGAUAAAUCCAGCUGGAGCAGAGGCAAGGGGAGGAGUACCUUGUGAUGACCAAAGGGACCAGGGGUGGAGAUUGUAAUGGAUAUACCUCUAAAUUGUUAUAACCUAUGAUUCGAGUUGCAUGUUAUAGGAAGUACUAUAGCAGGAACCACCACCAGUGGAGGACGAGCCUUACAAGAAGCAGUGCAAGUGCAGCAGUGAGCUGGCCUGAGCUGGCUUUGGUGCCCAACAACUCCAUGCAACACAACACCUCUCCUGUCCUGAGUGACCGCCAUAACAGGGAGAACCCAAGUCACAGACUGAUGAACUCAGUGGACCUUUCACAGACAUUUUAUGGACAUUUUACAGGGGAUGCCCAUACCGUGACGGAGGAGAAAGGACGAGCACUCUCACCAUUGGCUAGGCAAGAACUUCUGAAGUGGAAUGGAUGGGGAUAUAAUGACUCCAAAUUCAUCUUCAAUAAGAAGGGUCAAGCAGAAUUCACAGGAAAAAGGUACAGAUUAGGUGGUAUGGUAUUACCAACUUUUAAGGAAUGGAUAGAAAAAACCUUUGGAGCAAGUCUGGAGCACAAAACUACCUCUAGAGCAUCCUUAAAUGUUAAUGAUGUACCUCCAUCCAUUGUAAAUGAAGAAUUUCUUCAGGAUCUUAGAGCCACUAAAAUCUCAUAUUCGCAGGACGCAGAAGAUAGGGUAUUCAGAGCUCACGGUCACUGCCUACAUGAGAUAUUUGUACUCAGGGAAGGAAUGUUUAAGCGAAUUCCUGAUAUAGUUGUAUGGCCUGUUUGCCAUGAAGAUGUAGUUAAAAUUGUGGAAUUAGCCUGCAAACACAAUCUCUGCAUAAUACCAUUUGGCGGAGGGACAAGUGUCUCUAGUGCUCUUGAAUGUCCUGAAGAAGAAAAAAGAACAAUUAUCUCACUGGAUACAUCACAAAUGAACCGGAUUCUCUGGAUAGAUGAGAAAAACUUAACAGCUUGUGUGGAAGCUGGCAUUGUUGGACAAGAUCUGGAAAAACAGCUUGCUGAAAAUGGCUUCUGUACAGGCCAUGAACCAGACUCCAUGGAGUUCAGUUCACUAGGAGGAUGGGUAGCAACACGAGCAUCAGGCAUGAAAAAAAACAUCUAUGGAAACAUUGAAGAUCUGGUGAUUCAUAUAAAAAUGGUAACUCCUAGAGGAAUAGUAGAAAAAAACUGUCAAGUACCUCGCAUGUCAACAGGACCUGAUAUCCAUCACUUCAUUAUGGGAUCUGAAGGAACUCUUGGAGUGGUUACUGAAGUUACGAUAAAGAUUCGCCCAGUCCCUGAAUACCAGAAGUAUGGCUCUGUGGUCUUCCCCAACUUUGAACGAGGGGUGGCCUGCUUAAGGGAAGUGGCAAAGCAGAGAUGUGCUCCUGCAUCAAUCCGCCUUGUUGACAAUGCACAGUUUCAGUUUGGUCAUGCUCUUAAACCACAAGUUGCUUCCAUUUUUACAUCAUUUUUGGAUGGACUGAAAAAAUUCUACAUCACAAAGUUUAAAGGAUUUGAUCCCAACGUACUGUGUGUAGCUACCUUGCUCUUUGAGGGUGACAGAGAGAAGGUUCUUCAGCAUGAAAAGCAAGUCUAUGAUAUUGCCACCAAGUUUGGUGGCUUGGCAGCAGGAGAAGAUAAUGGACAGAGAGGAUACAUGCUGACAUUUGUUAUUGCUUACAUUCGGGACCUGGGCCUGGAUUACUAUGUAAUAGGAGAAUCGUUUGAGACAUCUGUUCCUUGGGAUAGGGUUUUGGACCUUUGUAGGAAUGUAAAGGAAAGGAUAGUAAGAGAAUGCAAAGAAAAGGGUGUUCAGUUUGCUCCUUUUUCCACCUGCAGGGUAACACAGACUUAUGAUGCAGGUGCAUGUGUCUACUUCUACUUUGCCUUUAACUACAGAGGAAUUAGUGAUCCUAUUCAUGUCUAUGAACAAAUUGAGAGGGCUGCUAGAGAAGAAAUACUUGCCAAUGGAGGAAGUCUGUCACAUCAUCAUGGAGUAGGCAAAUUGCGGAAGCGCUGGAUGAAGGAGAGCAUCUCUGAUGUUGGCCUGGGAAUGCUGAGAUCUGUUAAAGAAUAUGUGGACCCCAAUAACAUCUUUGGAAACAAAAAUCUUUUAUAAAGCCCUGCACAACAUGAUAAGCAGCUGCUCAACCCAGCCUCUUGCUAAAGGAAAGCUGCUAGGAGACAGAUGAGAGAACACCAAGGAGUACUUCACUGUGCUGAAGGAUUAAGUAUGUAACAGACUUGUAACCAGCAAGUACUUCAAGUACAAGUGUAGGCUUUGAUCAAAAGAGACAAUGUAAGUUAAACUACUUCCAAAAACUCAGUAGUCUCCCACCAUAAUACUAUUGGAAAGUCUUACACACUCAAACUGUUCUGAGUUGUAUUUGCAUUGCUGGGAUAAUCUUAAAUUAAUUGUAGGUCAGUCACUAUAAGUUUUGUACAAUGGACAUUUCUCACUGUAUGUUGAAAACAGGUUUGUAACAAAACUCUGCCUUCAUCUGUAUUUCAGUCCUAGUGUAUAUGGUUUUUGCUCCUGUUUUGUUUGUUUUGCAGAGAUGCAAAAUAUCUUUUUCGGUUAAAAAAAAAAAAUGUUUUGGCUAUUCAAAUGAAACUGCCCAGCACUGUCUUUUGAAACAGUCUCAACAGUUUAUUACAACACCUAAGUGGACAACAUACCAUCAUCCUGAAAGUAAGAUUUCCCAUCUUAGUUUUGUACAGUUUCCUAUGGCCUUAUGAAUAAUUUACUUCACUAGUAGCCACAACUUUAAUUGUCCAUUUAACUUUAAGAAAAAGAAAUAUUUUCGUGAUCAGUAUCGUAUGAGAGUAAGCAUUUUUACAUUGAAACUUGAAUCUUAAUCAGUAAAACAAACUAAAAGUAUUUGUCAAUACUCAUGAUCCAUUUUUAAGGUGGGUUCUUUUCUUAAAGUAAAUUAUCCAACUUUUUGAUAAUUAAUGUAUAAUUGCAUAGGAUAGAGAAAAUACAGACUAUCCUUUGAGGACAUUGUCUCUAGCCAACUGCUUCACAGCUCUGUAGUGUCAGUUUGGACACCUUUUGUAUUGGUAGUGCCCUUAAUGAGGAGAAAAAGAUAAAAUUUCAUUCUUGUUUUUAAACUAUUUUAGAAUACUGUCUAAUUAGCUCUCUGUUUUGGUAAUGUACCAAAAAGUGUAUAAAAUGCUUGAAAAAUACUGCAUAUCAGACAACUAUGAACUUGUUUAAAGAUUAAUUUCAAUUCUGUAAUUAAAAUGAUCAGAAAACAUGAACACUCAAAACAUCACUUGAAAAUGCAUGCUGUCAAGGUACUUAGGGAAAACUGCAGGUCAUAAACCAGAAUGCUAAUACGAUAUUUGCAGUGCAGCUAGAUUUAUUUCAAAUGGUCUUUGUUUCACAACAUUUCACCAUAAAAAUUUACUCUUGUAUUUUUGUGUUUUGGCCCUCUCAGUUCAGAUUUCAGCAGCAACCAAAACAAUAGGUGUAGUCUGAUUUAGGAAAGUUACUCGUCCCUCUGUGGUUAAGUGUUCCUUAAGUACCCCAUGGUGUCCUAAAGUGAAUCUGUACAUGUUAAUGCAGGGGAUGUCAUCCUGCAUGCUGCACAACGGUGACUACAUGGCCCCAGCUGGCAUCUUGCUGAUGACUUGUAUCACUGAAAUAGGGACCUUUCUAGGAGUUGGUAAAUAUGAAGGGGGAAUAUGGAGGGUGUUUAUGUGCCUCAGUGAAAGUAUAUGUCUAACUAUGAAGAAUCAGUUUUGAAGGAAAGUAUGUGAAGCCUUUUUUGCAGAAUGACAGCACAAACAGAAUUAAAACAAGUAGUCACAGCUCUGUAAUAACUGCGCUCUCAAGAUUUUGACUUAAAUUACUGAACAACUCUGCAACAUUCUUCACAAUUCUUAAUUUUCUGACUGGCUUACCCAUCCCUUUUUUGUAUUGAAAUUACACAUGCAAAAAUUCCUUAUAUUCUACAUUUCUAACCUUUAAAUAGCCACUGGCUUCUGAAGUGAUUUAAAAUGCAGUAAACAUUUUUACUGCAUGUCAGUUGUCCUAGGGGAAGGUGAAAUAACAGGCUAUAAGGGGCCCAAAGCAAUGUCACUGGAUAGCCCUGAGGAAAAGAUUAACUACAACUGUAAUGGAUAUUUUUUUCUAAUGACCACCCUUAUUGCUGUCUUCCUAAAUAUUUUUCUAUCUUAUGAACUGGUCAGAGCUUAGUGAAACUGCAGUUGAAACACAUGUAUUACUGACUGUCUUUAAUGUCACAUUUAAAUUCCUAAUGAAAACAGAGAAAAGUGUAAUGCAAGUUCAGGAGGCCUAGAUACACACAUAUCAUUACCCAUUUAAAAUAAAUCUUCCCCUCUAAUACUAAAGUCUUCUACCACUCUUCCUUCUGUGUUCUCUGCGUUAUAAAGACUUCACUUCCCAUAGCUGCAGCCUGUUCAGAGAUGGAGUUUGAUCCAUGCAGAUCAGAAGUGUAUCUAGGCAUAACAGAUUACUUUUUCAUUUGCUUGAAUAUUUUGGCCAAGUGUAAGUUACAAGCAGUUUUAAUUAAGCUUGUUGUGACUUCCGAUUGCACAGCUUUUGCUCUCUUUGAGGGAGGAGAGGUGCAGAGUGAGUAUGGCUUGACUGCAAAAUGUAUUUACAUUAGAGAGACUUCUAUGAAAGUUCUGAGGGGAAAGAAGAAAAUCUGUUAGAAAUUGGUCCAGGGGUCUAAAUCUUACACUCAAAGAAAAACAUGUCUCUUCCUGACUUGACUUACAGUAUAUUGGUUGAGUUAGAGAUGUCAUCUUUGCCUUACAGCUAUGAACAGAGGCCGGGCCAAAUAGUUCUUCCUUAGCAAUGUUAAUUAACUGAAACCAAUUUCAAAGGCAGGGAUACAUUAGCACUGAAAUCCAGAAAACACAAAUUGCUUCUCAAUCUUGGAAAUGUAUGUUUAUCAAGGUUGUAAUUUAACUUUCUGCAAAUAAAGCCAAACAGUGUUUGUCAUUUUAGUGUGAGAUUAACUGUAAAACUUCAGUUGUAAUGUUAAGAGAUUAUAGAACCUUAUAUUAUUAAUAAAAAGAAAAUGGGCCUAAACAAUUAUGUGGUUUUGUGCUGAAACUAAACAAAUAGAUUCUACUAACUUAUAUCUUUGGUUUAUUUUAAUUUGGCAGUGAGCUCUUACCUAAGGAAAAUUUAGGAAGGAAAACUAUUAGGAAGGCUUUGGUACUUGCAGAGAGAAGUGAGACUGAGUUUGUAAAUGU